AUGAAAUGUGCUUCAACUGAAAUGGCUCAUCUUCUUCUAACUCUUCUCAUAAUCAUUCCCUUCUACGUCGUUGCUGUCUCUGAAAAGCGAUGCAUUGGAACCGAGACUAAACAAUUGGAUGAGGGAUGCACUAUAAUCGAAUCGAAACCUUUGAUUUUCAAAGAUGUAAUAGACGAAUCCCUGACAAGGAAGAAAGUAAAAUCGAUCACUCAUCUGAAAGCUGGUCUUGAGAUACUUGGAACCAACAUCGAAAACUUCAACUAUUUGAGUCACGUUAAAGAGAUUUCCAAUCCGAAUGGUCCGGCAAUCACCUUCAGAAACAAUAAGGUCUUAAAAAGGGUCAACUUUACUGGUUUGACCACCCUAACCGGGAAAAAAGAGUUGUUGCUUGACCACGAUAAUUUAUCAAAGGAAGCAAGUGGAAAUUCAGCAUCAUUCAAAGAUUUAAUGCAGCUGGAGCACAUCUCGAGAGUUUCAAAUCGGCGAAGCGAGAAGUGUUCGAAGAACUUUUGGGAAAUCAAGGAUUUCGAUAAGUCUUCAGAGGGUGGCCGUGGAAACGGUUGGGUGAUCAGUUUGUCCAUUCUGCUCGUGGUUCUCGCUGUUAUUUUGGCGACUCUUCUUACACGCCCUUGUCACUUAGUGAGACGCAUCCUCAAGAAAAAAAAGUCGAAAGAAGUUGAUGAGAAGGACAGAAGCGAAGUAGAGGAUGACAAGGAAAAAACACCGAAAAAUAGCGCAAAUAAGAAAAAGAAGCCUAAAAAAAGCACGGAAACGAAUUCCAAGACUAGUUCGACUACAGUUUCGACCCCGAAUCCGAAGCCAACUACUUCCAAGCAGAGUUCGAAAACGUCCUCGGUAUCGAAUUUGAAGUCAAUUUCUAAGGAAAACUCGAAGAAUGAAGUCUCAAAGGUCACAAAAUUAGAAAAAAAAGGAAAACAACGGAAGGGUAAAAAGACUGGAAACUAA